AUUCUAAUCAAGUUUCUCUAAAUCUCAUAGUAAAAAUUAUGGAGUGUUACGGCGGAUGAAUAUAAUACAAACCGAAAGUAAGGUACAGGUGCCCGAAACAAAAGAAGCGUGACGAGACGAUUUGACAGACGCUAACUGAGUCAUUAUGUUCAUUUAAACUCCGCCUCCGUCGGUCUCGUUAGUUAAUCUUAGCUCUGUCGUGUGCUUUAACGAGUGACUGGGUUACUCGUCAGUAUUUGGUCGUCUGUAUUCGGAGAGGCCAGACCACGAUAUAACAAUACACGGGACAUCAGUGAUGGCAGACGUCUUGGAACAUGUCAUCAGUUUUUAAUCAUUGAUUUGCUGUCGAAACUGAUCUGGUGCAGAUGUAAAUGGAUUUUCAUUAUUUGAAUGUUAAUCGAUAGUCUCUGACAGAGAGUGAAUGGUGUGCCGGAGGAGCUGCGAUGCCAGCACGGAUGUGUGAGGUGGACGUGGAUAUGGGUUCAGAAGGGGGCAAUUCUGGGGAGGGUCAGAAGCCCCUCCUUCACUCCAACCGUCACAACCUGAAGAGUCGCUUCGAGCUGCUGAAAACUCUGGGGGAGGGCACGUAUGGUAAAGUGAAGUUGGCACGAGAGAGAAACACAGGGGACCUGGUUGCAAUAAAGUACAUUAGAAAGCAGAAGAUUAAUGAUGAAACAGAAAUCAACCGCAUUCGAAGAGAGAUCAAAAUCAUGUCAAAACUCAACCAUCCCAACAUCAUUUACGUCCGCGAAGUGUUUGAGAACAAAGAUCGCAUCAUCCUGGUUCUGGACUGUGCUACUGAGGGCGAGCUAUACGAGUAUAUCAACAAACGCGGCAAACUGACGGAGAAAGACGCGCGGCGGAUCUUCCGACAGAUUGUGGCUGCCGUCAAUUACUGUCAUCUGAAUGGAGUAGUCCAUCGAGAUCUGAAGCUGGAAAACAUUGUACUGGAUGAAAAUGGAAAUGUCAAGAUUGCAGACUUUGGCCUAUCCAACUUCUUCAGCUUGACCAAUCUAUUGUCAACUUACUGUGGUAGUCCACUCUAUGCUUCACCAGAGAUUGUCAACGGUCAGCCUUACUAUGGACCAGAGGUUGAUUGUUGGAGCCUUGGUGUUGUGCUGUAUACAUUAGUCUAUGGAGCCAUGCCAUUUGACAGCUCCGAUUUCCACGUGUUGAGAAAGCAGAUCUCCAGUGGCGACUAUUAUGAGCCUACCCAGCCUUCAGAAGCUGCAGGCUUAAUCCGCCAUCUGUUAACAGUCAAUCCCAAAAAGCGUGCUAAAAUGUCAGACAUUUUGAACCACUGGUGGGUGAACUUGGGAUGUCGGGAAACCCCCAGUGGUGAGGUUUACCCCCUCCCAGAGGUGUGUAAGCCUGUCUCCCGACAAGCGACCCCAAGUCUGUCUUCCGACAGCGAUGGGGAAAGUGAACAAACCAAACUGGUACAGCCUUUAAAAGGCAUCCUGAAAAAACCAAAAGUUUCGUCAAGGGAUGAAGAGUCAGUUGCCAAGCAACCUCUUCAGGCCAUAGUUCCAAACAACCAUGUUUUUGAUGGCCAGGACAAUGAUAAAAGAGAUGGUGAUAAAAAACCUCGUAGUAUUCUGAAACGCAAGGGAAAAUUUAGUGGCGGGGACAGUGGAUGCGUGUUGAAUGAAACGGGGUCCAAGAGUCCCAGUUCCGACUCGAAGGAAAACUCCGACAUGACGUAUAAUCUCAGUGAUAUUGACAAUGCUUUGAAUGAUUUAGAUGAUCAAGAUUCCAGCUCGUCUAUCAAGAGAAAUGCGGCGGCGGACUUCGUGUAUGACAAUGCUCCGAGUGAAACCGUCGAGUCGGGCACCACCACCGUGAAUGUGGUACCGCGACGCGGAAUCCUGAAAAAGACCAGCCAGACAGACCAGAAAAAGAGGUGGAGUGCCUGCAGCGUGGGGUCCAAUUCUUCUGCAGACAUGUUGGACUUUUCGUACGAUAGCGGGGACGAUGCGUACCAGUUUAACUUACCUGGUUGUCUCUCCUUAUCGAACAACAAACUUUCAGACAUAGACAAGUUAGAUAUACUAGACUCCGGGGAUGAACUAGUCAAUAAUUUGCGGGACGAGAACCGACAGGAAGGUGACGACACCGCACUCUUCCCACAGGAAGAGGCGGCCAUUGUUCUCCAACAAGCUUUAAAACUCUGCAAUAAUAUCUGAGUGAUUCUUUAGUAUUUUCGCUUUUCGUAAUCGAGAAGAUUCAUUGUAGGUAUUUUGUUGAAAUGUGAAACAUAAUUGUAGAUCUCUACUUUGUCAUUGCAUUUAUUUUUUGUAUGCAUGUAUUUUGCCACCAUUGAAUUUCUGAGAAAGUUGGCAAUUUUAAAUUCUUGACAAAUUUUGUGCCAAAGGCAAAUAUGGAAUAUGAUUUGGAUAGUUUUUAUGAAACUACCUACUUUAUUGAUAAUUUUCCAUUUUUGUUAAGGCCAACAAAAUUUGAGAAUAACUAGAAUUUUUAAUUCUUUCAAAUAGUUCAGUCAAGAGAAAUGUGUUUCAUUUUCUUUGUUUUCUAGUCUUGUGUAGAAAAUUGUCCCUAGAAAGACAUAUAAAUAUUAGUAUGUCAUUGUAAAAAAAAAUCUUGUAAUUAGGUUGAAACAGUGCUAUUUUUUAACCCUCAAAACCUGAGUUUUUAGGAGAAAAAGCUUUAUAGUACAUACAUAGUUAAGGGGUUUGCAUCUACGGCCAGAGGAUUUUGUCUCGUCCUAGCCUCUUUAUUUGGUCUUAGAAAUCCAUUUUACUUUUUUUUAAAAUCCUUUUAAUAACAUUCUAACGUAUUUAUAGAUUUUGUUUGUAUGUUUUGUAAGUUUUUAUGAUUUGAGGAUUUUCUUGAAAGAAAAAAAACAAAACAAAUAUGCAAAGAGGACUGUUGAAAUUUAUCCCAAACUACCUGAAUUUUAUCCCUGAAUUUGCGGGUGUUAGGUAUCCAGAUCUUUUCAGUGUAUUGCAUUUCCUUGUCAGAAGACAAAAGAGGCCAUGUUUUCUUGUUCCAUCCAAUCUCAUGGGGGAAUUAAAAAGAUUGUUUUGUAUUGUGGACAAUAUACAACUCAUCAAAUGAGUAAGAUGUACCAUGAAAUGCAUUGUCGACGUUUGGUGCUCAUUAUAAACCUGUAGCCUAUGUUAGUUUCUAAAGAUAUGAUAUUCGUUCAGUUGAUGGGAAGCAUUUAGAAAUGUAAUCAAAUUGUCGGUCUGGGACCUCAAUUUUUAUCCCUCCCCCCUCCUUCCCCUCAGCUGGUCUGAGAGGAAGGAGAAAGUUCUCAUGCUAAUAGCUUUAGACCCCCAUCCAUUUCUUGAGGUCAUAAAUAAAGGCAUGGUGAUCAGCUCGGAUUUUUUAACAGAAGCCUAUGGAGAUAUGGUAAUAUGCUUGUUAUGUAACCAAUCCAAUGCAGAAUGUUUUAUGUGGAAGAUGUUUUUCUUCACAUGAUAGAGUAUAGUGCUGAUGGACAGACUGCUUUGUCCAGGUUUAAGGCUUUGUAUACUAUUUUUCGAAUGUCAUUUGUUUUCAUGAGUACCUGUUUAUGAAUUAUUGUGUGUGAAUAUUAAUUUAUGUGAUGCUGAAUGUACUUACCAUCAUUUUUUUUUGGUCAUUCUUCGUCCCAAUUUAUUUAUUUCCAAAGAAAUUCCAUCAUGCGUAAUUUAUUUAUUUUGCCAAAGUACACGAAAUAAAAAACGUGAUAUAAUG